CUAAUGGUACUCUUUUCGUGACUGGUAGUCAUUCCAGCUUGUUUAGUUCUUCUUUGGGUGAAAAAUGGCAACAAGAAGAACGGGGCAGCUAGUUCAACGCAGUACAGCCUCUAGCGGAAUAACGCCAGAAGACAAUCCCGACAUCGAAGGGAACGAAGGUUACGAAAGCGACGGAGAAUCUGGCGAUAGGAAAGAGACCAGGCUCACUCUGAUGGAAGAAGUGCUUCUGUUGGGACUAAAAGACAAAGAGGGUUACACGUCGUUUUGGAAUUUUUUUUUUUCUUCGGGCUUGCGCGGAUGUAUGAUCAUCGAACUGGGUCUAAGAGGAAGAAUUGAACUCGAGAAAACCGGAAUGCGACGAAAGAGCUUGCUUAACAGACGUGUUCUUUUUAAGAAUGAUAAUCUAACGGGUGAUGUUUUGCUGGAUGAGGCCUUGAAACACAUCAAAGAAACUGAUCCGCCUGAUACGGCGCAAAACUGGAUAGAACUCCUAAGUGGUGAGACCUGGAACCCUCUGAAGCUAAGAUAUCAGCUUAGGAAUGUCCGUGAACGUCUGGCAAAGAAUCUUGUGGAAAAGGGUGUUCUUACAACUGAGAAACAGAAUUUCCUUCUGUUUUUUUUGACUACCCACCCACUAGUAGAUUCUGUUUCCAAACAGCGAGUUGUACGCAAAGUGCAAGAGGCUGUUUUAUCGAAAUGGGUGAAUGAUCCUCAUCGAAUGGAUAAGAGGACUUUGUCACUUAUCUAUCUUGCUCACUCCUCUGAUGUUCUGGAGAAUGCAUUUGCUCCACUGUCAGAUGAUGAUUAUGAACUCGCAAUGAAACGUGUUAAGGACCUUUUAGAUCUUGAACCUGAAGAACAAGCGCAGAAACCAAAUGCUAAUGAGGUCAUGUGGUGUGUUAUUUCUGCUUUUUUUAAAUAGAGGACUGUGGGUAAAUGUAGAUAGGUUUCAUCUGUUGCACAAAAUGUUUUUUUCAGACAUGUGUCGUUUGAAGGACGUCUGCUAUGACAGUUCCAUUUAUUAUCUGUACACACAAUAUUGCCUCCAGUGUCAGAGAAGCCACAAAAUAUCAGUUUGAUAAGAUAGAAAAAUACUUAAAUGAGAUAAAUAAUGAACCAUAAACAAGGAUGGUAAAACCAUGCAACCAUCUUGACAUGCUCAGUGUAAGCGAUUGACUGGGCACAAAUUAUCCCUUAAUUCCUUUUUUUUUGCAGCUCAGAGUACAUGAAAAAGUGCUCAAUUCAUUCUCUCUUUUGUCAUUUUUUUUUUCAUUCAUUGUUUCAAAAUUAACAUAGGUUAACUGGAUAGCAUUCUAAUGCUUUUUUUUUGCUAAAUACACUUAGAUAUAAAAUGGUGUUUGGUUUCUCUAUUCUCUGUCCAAGGACUUAUGUAGACACAUGUAAUUGGUAUUAGUCAUGCAAGGUAGUUGAAGUUACAGUUGAGGUCAGUAAUAAGCCACCCGAGGAUUGGAUUAAAAAAAAAGGAAUUGAA